AGUCGAAUUCAAACGUUCAAGUUUUCCACUACUCUUUCCGAGGGCAUGUUGUGCUUUUCCGUGUUUUUCCGUGUCCAAGUCGCGCGCGCUUUUUGACGUAAAGUGCUCGAGAAAUUCCGGAUUCGCGGCGCGUCGCGUCCCCUAGGAGGGAAUCAAGUGAUACGAGAAACAAAUAUUAAAAUCAAAUAUUUACAGCAAGUAAAGAAAGACGGGAAAAUAAAUUUAAAAUUAAGGGAAAUAUUUGUCGCGGGCAAAUGAUGGAAGAGUGCUAAGUGUUUAUAUCCCAGAUAAAUAUUACCCCUCCUCACUACAACGGUUAACGGUGAAUGUGUGCGAGUGUCGCGAGUGUCAAUAUGUGCGAGAUCUGAAGAUAAGAUAAAGGCAGAUAAAGGAGAAAGAGAAUAACGAAAGGAGAAAGAAUUAACCCCAGAAAGUAAUUGCAACCGCGAGAAACCCCAAAAUGUGGCCACAACUCCUCCUCUUAGUGCUCCCCACAAUCAUCCAAGGCGUCCAGCGGUACGAUCAGACCCCCCUGGACGCCAGUCCCUACUACCGCAGUGGCGGCGGCCUGAUGGGCCCCGAUCUGGGCGGCACCUCCGCCACCUCCUUGGACGGCUUCCCGCACCACAACCGCUGCGAGGCGAUCACCAUUUCGAUCUGCAAGAAUAUACCCUACAACAUGACCAUUAUGCCCAAUCUGAUCGGGCACACCAAGCAGGAGGAGGCCGGCCUGGAGGUGCACCAGUUCGCGCCGCUCGUCAAGAUCGGCUGCAGCGACGACCUGCAGCUCUUCCUCUGCUCCCUGUACGUGCCCGUCUGCACCAUCCUGGAGCGCCCCAUCCCGCCCUGCCGUUCCCUCUGCGAGUCCGCGCGCGUCUGCGAGAAGCUGAUGAAGACCUACAACUUCAACUGGCCGGAGAACCUCGAGUGCUCCAAGUUCCCCGUCCACGGGGGCGAGGACUUGUGCGUCGCCGAGAACACCACCUCCUCCACCCCGGCGCCCACCAGGAGCGCCCCCAAGGUGACCACCAGGAAGCACCAGCUGGGAGUCGAGAUUCCCCAUCGCAAUAUUGGAUUCGUCUGCCCCGUCCAGCUGAAGACGCCGCUGGGCAUGGGCUACGAGCUGAAAGUCGGUGGAAAGGAUCUCCAUGACUGCGGGGCCCCAUGCCACGCCAUGUUCUUCCCGGAGCGAGAGCGGACCGUUCUCCGCUACUGGGUGGGAUCCUGGGCGGCGGUCUGCGUGGCGAGCUGCCUUUUCACAGUGCUCACCUUCCUGAUCGACUCGUCCCGCUUUCGCUACCCCGAGCGGGCCAUCGUCUUCCUGGCAGUCUGCUAUCUGGUCGUCGGCUGCGCCUACGUGGCCGGUCUGGGAGCGGGCGACUCCGUGUCGUGCCGCGAACCAUUUCCGCCGCCAGUCAAGCUCGGCCGUCUGCAGAUGAUGUCCACCAUAACACAGGGCCAUCGUCAGACGACCGCCUGCACCGUAUUAUUCAUGGCAUUGUAUUUCUGCUGCAUGGCCGCCUUCGCGUGGUGGUCGUGCCUCGCGUUCGCCUGGUUCCUGGCCGCCGGCCUCAAAUGGGGCCACGAAGCAAUUGAAAAUAAAUCGCAUUUAUUCCAUUUGGUUGCUUGGGCGGUGCCCGCCCUGCAGACCAUCUCUGUCCUGGCCCUGGCCAAAGUUGAAGGCGACAUUCUCUCGGGCGUUUGCUUCGUCGGCCAGUUGGACACCCACUCGCUGGGCGCCUUCCUCAUUCUGCCCCUGUGCAUAUACCUCUCGAUCGGGGCGCUCUUCCUCUUGGCCGGCUUCAUUUCGCUAUUCCGCAUACGGACCGUGAUGAAGACGGACGGCAAGAGAACGGACAAGCUGGAGCGGCUGAUGCUGAGGAUCGGCUUCUUUUCGGGGCUCUUCAUCCUGCCCGCCGUGGGCCUGCUGGGCUGCCUGUUCUACGAGUACUACAACUUCGACGAGUGGAUGAUACAGUGGCACCGUGACAUAUGCAAGCCCUUCUCCAUACCCUGUCCGGCUGUGAGGGCUCCGGGCACGCCCGAGGCCCGGCCCAUUUUCCAGAUCUUCAUGGUGAAGUAUCUGUGCUCGAUGCUAGUCGGAGUCACCUCCAGCGUGUGGCUGUACUCCAGCAAGACCAUGGUGAGCUGGCGCAACUUCGUGGAGCGGCUGCAGGGCAAGGAGCCGCGGACGCGGGCCCAGGCGUAUGUCUAGUAUGAGACGGGCGCAGCGGGCACCGGAGCCGGACCCAAUGGCACGGCGGCGGCGGACCCCGAGGCGGCUAACGAGAGUUACUUAGUUUUUAGCACGUAAAUCCCAUUCCCCGAUGCAUGAUCCCCCAUCACCCAACCCACAACAGUAACCACAAAUGCAGUCGUAGUUCGUAGUACUCUACUCGUAGCUUGUACAAAGUUCAUCUCCCCCCACUCUGAUCAUGGAAAUCAAAAGGUGACCCUAGGGCCCAGGGCCCAGGGCCGAGGGCCUUGGCUAUUGUUUGAAUCGUCU